AUGUUCGCAUUCCCAUUGGCUACUGCAAAUCCCGCACAAUUUUUGUCAGGUCUUAUGCAGCCGUCGAUAACGGCUAAGAUUGCCAAGGACAGAUCGAUGCUGUGUCUCAUGGGUCAGAUUAGUCCUAAACCAAAGUCGGUCGUCCGAAUGGAAGAAGUCAGGAUGAGCAUACCAGUAGCUACUCUCGUGGACUCCAGUCCGACCUACACCAACGACAACAGUAUCGAUUCUAUGCCAACACAAUACUUUCGCCUCUCUGUUCUCGAACUCACAGCGCGUUCUGCCAAGUUUCUGAAGAUAGUUGUAGCAGGCAAUAAGGUUAUCGACGCGAGUGUAAGCGCCAUCCUCUGGUCCGCACACCAUUUCAUUGUCCGAGGUGGCUGGUUGAGCUGUGAAGAGAUUGUUAGGUGA